AUGCACUUCAGCGCCGCGACCAUCCUUGCUAUCUUGGCUGCUGCUCCUGCUGCUUUUGGUCAACUUGACGCCAAGAUGAAGGCCAGAGGCAAGAAAUACUUUGGUACUUGCUCCGACUCUGCUCUUUUGGACAACUCCGAGAAUGCGGCCAUAAUUCGUUCCGAUUUCGGUCAGCUUACCCCGGAGAACAGUGCCAAAUGGGACGCCAUUGAACCUUCGAGAAACAACUUCAGCUUUGAAUGGUUUGAUACCCUUGUAGCUUUUGCAGAGAACAACGGCAAAAUCGUUCGUGGGCAUACAUUUGUUUGGCAUUCCCAACUUCCGUCCUGGGUAUCCAACAUCGGCGAUUCUGCUACGCUUACUUCGGUUAUUGAGAAUCAUAUCACAACCAUCGCAAAGCGCUACAAGGGGAAGAUCUAUGCUUGGGAUGUGGUGAACGAGAUCUUCAACGAAGACGGCACUCUGCGCUCUUCCGUCUUCAGCCGUGUCCUUGGGGAGAACUUCGUUGCUAUUUCAUUCAAAGCUGCUCGCGCUGCUGAUCCCUCUGCCAAACUUUAUAUCAACGAUUACAACCUUGAUUCUGUCAACAGCAAGGUUAGGGGCUUGAUCGACCUGGUCAAGCGUCAGAGAGCUGCUGGAACUCCUAUAGACGGUAUUGGUAGCCAGACACAUCUCCAGGCUGGUGGUGCUGGAGGGGUGCAAGCUGCUCUCAGCGAGCUAGCUGGCUCAGGGAUCCCUGAAGUUGCCAUCACCGAGCUUGAUAUUGCUGGUGCUUCAGGCAAUGACUAUGCUACUGUGGUCAAGGCAUGUCUGAGCGUUCCUAAAUGCGUUGGAAUCACGGUGUGGGGCGUUUCGGACAAGGACUCCUGGCGCUCUAGCAGCAGCCCUCUGCUGUUUGACCGUAACUAUCAGAAGAAGCCGGCGUACAAUGCGGUCAUUGCUGCAUUGUCCUAA